AUGGACGUCCUCGACGAGAAAGUGAACGGUGGGCCACCACCCGUUGAGGUGGAGGAGAUUGUCUCAGUUCGCGAUGAACAAGCAUUCAUCGCCAAGCACAUGCCCGACCUGGGCCAUGAAAUUAAGGAUGUGCAUGUAUACAAUUGGAGGUUGACAAAUUGGAAGAAACUGGAGAAGAAGAUCACAAGCCCGGAGUUCGAGUGUGGAGGACACAGAUGGCGGAUAUUACUAUUUCCGUUUGGGAACUCGAAUGCGCCACCAAAUGACACUGUCUCUGUAUAUCUUGACUAUGCCGACCCUAAGCGAGCGCCUGAGGGAUGGCAUGCGUGUGCCCAAUUCGCAUUGGUCAUCUCGAACCCCAACGAUCCGACCAUCUACACUGUCAGCCAUGCACACCAUCGCUUUAUCGCCGAGGAGUGCGACUGGGGCUUCACGCGGUUCAGCGAAUUGCGAAAGUUGUUCAGUGUCCAGGAGGGCCACACUCGACCAACAAUUGAGGAUGAGACUGCAGAUGUCAGUGUAUUCGUCCGCGUACUCGAGGAUCCGACAGGAGUGCUAUGGCACAACUUCGUCAAUUACGAUUCGAAGAAGGAAACGGGCUUUGUUGGGCUCAAGAAUCAGGGUGCGACAUGCUACAUGAACUCCCUGCUUCAGUCUUUGUACUGCACGCGAUACUUCCGAAAAGCCGUCUACCAAAUUCCCACGGAGGAUGACCAUCCAACGGAGAGCGUAGCUCUGGCGCUACAGCGGGUAUUCUAUCAUCUGCAGACUUCUGACCAACCUGUUGGUACCACGGAGCUGACAAAGUCUUUUGGGUGGAAGUCACUGGACUCAUUUUUGCAGCACGAUGUUCAGGAAUUCAACCGAGUUCUACAGGACAAGCUUGAGAGUAAGAUGAAGGGCACCAUCGCCGAAGGCGCUAUCCAGAAGCUCUUCGUGGGCAAGAUGAAGAGCUAUAUCAAGUGCGUCAACGUUGACUACGAAUCUUCCAGGAUUGAGGAAUUCAACGAUCUCCAACUGAACGUUAAGGGCAUGAAAAACCUAUUAGAGUCGUUCAGGGAUUACGUGGCCGUCGAAACGCUGGAAGGCGAGAACAAGUACCAAGCCGAAGGGUACGGUCUACAAGAGGCGAAGAAGGGCAUCUUAUUCCAAUCCUUCCCUCCUGUCCUCCAUUUGCAACUCAAGCGUUUCGAGUAUGAUAUCCAACGUGAUGCCAUGGUCAAGAUCAACGACCGUCACGAAUUCCCCUUCGAGAUAGACUUGGAUGAAUUCCUCGAUGAGGCUACGGACCGGUCACAACCAUGGGUAUACAAACUCCACGGAGUAUUGGUGCACUCAGGCGAUCUGCAUGGCGGCCAUUACUUCGCACUCAUCAAGCCUGAUCGGGAAACAAGAUGGCUCAAAUUUGAUGAUGACCGCGUCACGCCAGUCACCGACCGAGAGGUUUUGGAAGAGAACUACGGUGGUGAGGCCCUGAACGGUUUGGUCUCGCCCAUGCAGCGAAAUCAGGUGCGCUCAAUAAAGCGCUUUACGAACGCAUACAUGUUGGUGUACAUUCGCGAGUCGGCUAUCGAUGAAGUAUUGGCACCUUUCAAAGAGGAGGAUACACCGCCGCACCUCAAGAAGCGCCUGGAUGAGGAGCGCCUACAACAGGAAGCGAAGAAGCGCGAGCGAGAAGAGCAACAUCUCUAUCUCACUGCGAAAGUCAUUACCGACGAGACCUUUGUCCAGCACGAAGGCUUCGACUUAGCAACAUUCGACGAGAGGAACUGGCCGCCAUCAGACUUGCCUACAUUCCGUGUCCUGAAGAGCGAAACAUAUAGCACAUUCAAGACGAGGGUAGCGCAGCACUUCAACUACCCUGAGACUCAGAUUCGACUAUGGGUACUGGUCAAUAGGCAGAACAAGACUGUGCGGCCUGACACGCACAUCCCGGAGAAUGAACCCGGCCUCACUGUGGAGGUCAUCCGAAAUAACAUGGCUGUCAGGCAGCAGAAUGACCUACGACUAUACCUCGAUGUCAUUCCCGACCCGACGAAGCCCGAAGUUUCUGCAGGUUCAAUCAUGAUCUUCCUGAAGCACUUCGAUACCACGAAACAGAGUCUUUUUGGUCUUGGAAAGGUCCAUGUGCUGCGGAGCAGUAAAGUCGGCGAUCUCAUUCCUCUCAUUAAUGAGCGCAUGCGGUGGACAUCAGGCACUCCUCUCAAGCUAUACGAGGAAAUCAAACCUGGCAUGAUCGAGCUUAUGAAGCCCAAGCUCACAUUUACGCAAAGCGAGAUCCAGGACGGUGAUAUCAUCUGCUUCCAGGUUGACAUCAACGACAAGGAACUUCAUGACCUCGAGAGCCAGGGUCUCUACUCGAACCCUACUCAGUACUAUGACUUCUUGCAAAAUCGUGUAAUGGUCAUGUUCCGGCCCAAGUUUGAGGAGUCCGGCCCAGACUAUCCUGAAUUUAGCCUUGUCCUCAGCAAGAAGCAGAACUAUGACAUCAUGUCCGCGAAAGUUGGCGAGUACUUGAGGCACGACCCGAUCAAGCUUCGUUUUACCACGACGCACGCUACAAACGGCGCACCGAAGGCAAUCUUGAAGCGCUCGCUGAACCAGAGCGUCGCGGAGAUUAUCUCGCCCACUUACGUCAACCCACAAACGACGAUUAUUCUGUACGAGAAGCUGGAUGUGAGCAUCGUGGAACUGGAGACGAAGCGUAGCCUCAAGGUCAUCUGGACCGGCAUCAACAACAAGGAGGAGUCGGCACAUCCGUUCCUACUACCGAAGACGAGCUCGGUACAUGAUCUCGCGGACCAUCUUGCGAAACAGGUGAAGCUUUCGCCUGGCGGCACAGGCAAGAUCCGCGUGUUUGAGGUGUCGAAGGAUGGCAAGACGCAAAAGGAGUUCACUGGAUCAGAGAUGAUUGGCAACAUACCCGAUCCGGUUGAGCUCUUUGCUGAGGAGAUUCCACGGGAGGAGCUGGAGGCCGAUGAUGCCGACAAAGUCAUCAGCGUAUUCCAUUUCUCCAAGGAGGUUUCUCGAACACACGGUGUUCCGUUCCGCUUCGUCGUGAAACCGGGUGAGAAGUUCUCUGAGACGAAGAAGCGCCUACAAGUGCGGAUAGGUGCAUCAGACAAGGACUUCGCUAAGUUCCGCUUCGCGCUCAUUCAAGUGGCAACGUUCAAGCAACCUUCUUAUAUCGAAGAUGAGGACACCAUCUACGACCAUAAGUUCGCACCGGAAGAUGUCCUUGGACUAGAUCAUAUCGACAAGUCUGGGAGGACGAGAACGGGUGCAGGAGAGAAGGCGAUUGUCAUUAAGGGGUGA